CAUCUGCAGACUUAAUAAGCCUCCUUUCUAUGCCAAUAUCUAAAUCAUUGAUGGCCACGGGGUGCCCCCUGUGUUCCGUGGGAAGGCCUGGACCCUGGGCUUUGUAUCCCCAGCACCUGCUCACCAUCCAAGUGGACUCCCGGGAUGUCCGUGGCCUGGAGGACUGUGUGGAGCGGCUGAAGAUGAUGGAAGCGCAGGGCCGGGUCUGGGGACAGGACAUGAUCCUGCAAGUGAAGGGCCAGGAGCUGCUCUUGAGUGACAUCGAGACCAAGGAGGAGCUGGAGCGCUACCCCCUGGUGAGUGUCCAGGAAUGCGCCGCCGUCCUCAACCGCUGCGUCUACAGCUCCAUCCUGGCCAUCACCCUCAGGGAGCAGAGCCAGCGCGGGAGCAGCAUCAUCCUCUUCCAGUGCGAGCAGCUCGGGGCAGAGCUGCUGAAGGCCAGCCUGGAGAAAGCCAUCAAGGAAUGGAAAAGAGAGCAGGAGAGUCAGGACAUGCUCAGAAGCGACUUGGAGAUCAUGCUGGCCCAGCAGAGCCGAGGGCCACCUGCCACCCAGGACAGCAGGGCUGGGCCUCCGGAGCCAGACCCCUUCAUCCCCCCACCCCCACAAGGGUGGCAUAGCCAAGAGCCCCGGAGCCCCCCCGCCUCCAUGGAUGAUGCGCCUGGCCAGCCACAGCCCCCCAAAGCCACAGGCGAGUGGGCCGCUGCAGGACGUGGACAGAGACACUGGGGGCGUUCUCCCCAGAGACACGGGGCCCGCCGGGCCGCUGACACGGGGCGGCUACGUCUGGCUCUGCAGGAGAUCCUCAACCACGUGCUGAGCGACGUGGAGCUCUUCGUGGGGAAGCUGCAGGAGGUGAGCGGCCCGCUACUCGCCAAGAAGCUGAAGAAAAAGGACAAGGAGAGAGGAGUGGGGCAGCGAGGAGAAAAGCCUCCCCCACGUUUUGUGUCUGCACAGGGGAAGCUAAAACCUCACAUGCAGCAGCCCAGUGCCCCGGAACUGGUUGUGCUCAUCUUCUCCACCCUCUCGCAGAUCCUUGCCAGCUGCCCCUGGCCCACCCUGGCCUCCAACAUUGUGUCCCCCCUGCUGACGGAGGCCACCAUCGCCCUGCUGGAGGAGUGUCUGGAGAAGAAGGAGCGUGGCACCUGGAAGAGCCUGGGCAAGGCCUGGCACACGACGAGGGCCGAAUUCCCAGACGGCCAGUUCAUCCCUCCCUAUAUCCCCGUCUUCUCGGACGGGUGGGUGCCGCCCCUGCCGACCCCGCGGGAGAGCGCCACGCACAUGGAGAGGCAGCCCAGCGCAAGGCAGAACCGCUCCUCGCCCAGCAGUCCGUCGCAGCCCCCCGCGCUCAUGCAGGCCAUGUUCGAUUUCCAGGCCAGGAACCACAAGGAGCUGACCGUCACCAAAGGGGAGCUGCUGGAGGCGUCUGCCAGCCCUGGGAUUGUGUGA